AUGGACAUCCGAUACUCUCGCUAUUCAUGAGUAUUUCUUGGGAUCAUCAUCUGAAUCGGCACCAUGAAUAACGCCCAGAGAUUUUGUAAUCAUUACUCAGGCAUCUCCUUCAUUGCAGCAGGCAGCGACCUUUUAGAGGACACAAACACAACAAACACAGAAUACGGGCUUAUAACUGGCCCUGCCUUCUUACUUAUCUAUGCAAUCGUAACUUUGCCAAUGGUAAUUUCUAUUCAGGGCCAUAUAAUCGAUAAACUCCCAAGGCUCAAAUGAUUCAUUUUAGGAAUUUCUGCUCUUUUUAAUUUGGCAACAAUUGCUAACGCUCUCGCAGAAAAUUUUUUGGGGCUGUUAUGGCCUAGGACUUUACUAGCAAUUUUUUCUGCUUGUUUGGACCCUGCUUGUUUUAGGCUGGUUGCGUUAUAUUUUCCUCCACUGAUGAGAGGCAUUGCUUAUGGGCUAUUUAUCGUUUCUGUAUAUUUAGGCUCUUCUCUUGCUUCUUUAACGCUGAUUUUAGCUGAUUUAGUAGGCUGGAGGGCGUCAUUUAUUAUUGUUGGAGCUUUUGGAGGAAUUUCUAGCGUGGUUUUAUGCUUAUUUAUAAAAGACGAAAGAAAUAUUUUAGAAGAAGAUGGGUUUAUUGAGAAAAAACAAAAAACUGGGGUAAAAGAAGACUUUAAAGAAGUUUUUAAAAAUAAAACACUGAUAAUCACAAUAAUUGCGACUUUUUUCAGGUACACAAGUGGCUUUGCAAGAGGAUUUUAUGAAGCUUUAUAUUUCACUGAAGAAUUUCCUAGUGAUAAAAUCGCAUUUGCAGUCGUAAACGCAACAGCGACAGCUCUGGUGCCUAUAAGUCUUAUAACAGCUGGACGAGUGUCUGACUUAAAAGAAAAAGAUGACAAGCCUAAAUGGCGUCCUUUGAUAUGCGCUUUUACCAAUUUAUUUGCAGCGCCUUUUCUAUAUGUCGCUUAUUUUGUGCCCGUUUUUUGGGUGGCGAUGGCGAGUGAAUAUAUAAUUUUCAUUGUGGGGGAGACUUAUAUUUCGAUUUCGGUAGCCAUGAUGAUGAAUGUAUCAACGCCUAGGGUUAGAGCUUUACGUAAAUUUUAGUUAGAAUCGGCAAUGCUGCUUUGUGCGUCGUUUUUAGGGGGAAGCUUGUCAACUGUGACUUUAGGUGUUUUGAACUCAUCAACUGAAGGUUUGAGGUAUGGGCUAAUUGGGAUUGUGCCGACUGGAUAUUUGUUGGCGGGGGUGUUGUUUUUGCAAGUGUCCAAGCAUUAUCCGAAAGAUUUGCCGAAAAAUAAGGUUUUGGAAAUUCCUGAAAUAGAAUAA